UUUUGAAAACGUUGGCGGCCGAGGAAGUUCUAGUUUACAAGAUUGGGAUUUUUACGCUGUAAAGUUAACAGUGGUUUUUCUUCACUACGAUGCAGGAUGUAACGGUGAGUUGUAGAGGUGGCCCUUCCACUGAGUGCAAGAGUGUUCCAAAGAAUAAAGACUUAUGAGAAGGUAUAUGAAAAAUAAGGAAAAUUACGAGCCCAGGGGUCCAAUAAGACCGUUUGCCACACCGAACCUGGCAGGCCCACAACGAGUUCUGAUGAAGCAACGAACAGAGACACUCAAAAAUGCUGUCACGGGUCCUGCGAGGGAAUGUGGAAGCUCAUCUGCUAGCUCAGUUUCAAAAAAAAUUUCCAUUGAUGAUUUUGACAUUGGUCGACCACUUGGAAAGGGAAAGUUUGGAAACGUCUACCUUGCAAGAGUGAAGAAGUUACAGGCAAUUGUGGCGCUGAAGGUGUUGUUCAAGUCUCAGAUGGAGAAGGAAGGCGUGGAGCAUCAACUCAGGAGGGAGAUUGAGAUUCAGGCUCAUCUCAAGCAUCCAAACAUCCUGCGCUUCUACAAUUACUUCCAUGAUCGUAAGAGGGUGUUUUUAGUGCUUGAGUAUGCCCCACGUGGUGAAAUGUACAAAGAGCUACAGAGAUGUGGUAGAUUUGAUGAUCAGCGUACUGCCACGUACAUGGAGGAGAUAUCUGAUGCACUAAUGUAUUGCCAUGAGAAGAAAGUAAUUCAUCGUGACAUCAAGCCUGAGAAUCUUCUUCUUGGUUAUCGUGGAGAACUAAAAAUUGCUGAUUUUGGUUGGUCUGUCCAUGCACCUUCUCUAAGACGUCGCACAAUGUGUGGGACACUGGACUAUCUUCCUCCUGAAAUGAUUGAGGGACACACCCACAGUGAGAAGGUGGACUUGUGGUGCAUUGGAGUCCUCUGCUACGAGUGCUUAGUCGGCAACCCACCGUUUGAAACUGCAAGCCAUUCAGAAACAUACAAAAGGAUUAUGAAGGUGGAUUUGAAGUUCCCUAAAAUUGUCUCUGAUGGUGCCCAAGAUUUGAUCUCCAAGCUGCUUCGUCACAACCCCAUCGAUCGCCUCCCGCUACAGAAUGUCAUUGACCAUCCGUGGGUGCGCACCAACUCUCACAGGCUCUUACCUCCUACUUGCCCUGUCAAGAAAUCCUGAGGUCCCCCUGGCGAGCCUGCCGGCCUUCCUCUGAUGGGUUUUUUUAUCCCUCUGCAAGAGACUCUGGCCCAGCAUAUUUUGUUUUCACUGCCAUGGGCUUCAAACUGCCAUUAUUUUGGCACAUUUUCUGAUGCUAUACAUAAGAAGGGUUCAGAUUAUUAUAUCAUACAUGACAAAGAUAAACAGCAAAUCCUGAGAACCUUCAAAUGCAGAGAAUCUUUCACUUCUUUUGCUUUAAAAUGACAGCAGUUUUUGCUAUUUAUUUUUCUAUCCAAGCAU